AUGGCACCCUUCGUGGAGGAGGCCGAGGAGUCUUUGGCUGUGUCGUCCAAGGUGGCGCCCAGCCUCGUCGCACCUGAGCCAGAGCACUGCCCAGGCCCUGAAUCUGAGCAAGCCGGCCAAGGCGAUGCCUGCGCCGGCUGUCCAAACCAACAAAUCUGCGCAACCGCACCCAAAGGCCCCGACCCCGACAUUCCAAUCAUUACCGAGCGCCUCUCUCAGAUACGGCAUAAGAUCCUAGUCCUCUCCGGCAAGGGAGGAGUAGGAAAAUCAACAUUCUCAACCCUACUCUCGCACGGUUUCGCCUCAAACCCAGAUUCGACCGUCGGCAUCAUGGACACUGAUAUCUGCGGACCGUCGAUCCCAAAAAUGAUGGGCGUGGAAUCGGAAACAAUUCACGUGAGCAACGCGGGUUGGAGUCCUGUCUGGGUGACGGAUAACCUCGGCGCAAUGAGUGUGCAGUUCAUGCUGCCCAAUCGCGACGAUGCGGUCAUAUGGCGCGGACCGAAGAAGAACGGACUCAUCAAACAAUUCCUGAAGGAUGUGGACUGGGGCGAACUCGACUACCUGAUUGUCGACACUCCUCCCGGAACCUCCGACGAGCAUCUGUCGGUCAACUCUCUACUGAAGGAGUCUGGUGUUGACGGCGCCGUCGUCGUGACUACCCCGCAGGAGGUCUCGUUGCUGGACGUGCGCAAGGAAGUCGACUUCUGUCGGAAGGCCGGCAUCCGUGUCUUAGGACUGGUCGAGAACAUGUCUGGAUUUGUUUGCCCCAACUGCACGCACGAGUCUCAAAUCUUCCGUGCGACGACUGGUGGAGGUCGCCGGUUGGCGAAGAAAAUGGGUAUCCCAUUCCUGGGCGCUGUUCCUCUGGACCCCCGUGUCGGCAUGGCAUGCGACUUUGGUGAGAGCUUUGUCGACAACUUUCCGGAUAGUCCGGCUUCCAAGGCCAUCAAGCGUGUCGUGCGCGCGGUUGGCGAGGCUAUCGGCGAGAACCCGGAUGAUGUCCUUCCGGAGGACAUGAUUGAAUGA